UUCGGAACGCUGCCCAUACGCCGCUACGUAUUGUCUCCGUUUGCGUCCUAUGCGUCAGGUCUCAAUUGCAUUCGAUUUUUUUAAGCUUUCUCCGUGUUUGUUUUAUUUUAUUUUUUAUAAAUGUUGAUGCGUUUUAAUUGUAUACAUGGAAUGAUGGAUCAUUAGAAUUAUAAUCAUUAUAUAAAUGUAGGCCAUGUUGGCCACUGUCUAAAACGUUCUUAAGGAAGCGAUAGCUAUCUGGCUAUAAAUUACUCUUCUGUAUAAACAAAUCAACUAGGGGAAACGGCAAGCGGGCAGACUAGUGAAAAAUGACGGAGGAACUUUGGGGAUCGUGAAAACAACACUACACUGCAGCUGGAAGAAGACCAUAAUCCUCCAGUAAUAGUUCUUCUAUAUAGCAAAAAAAGUCAGAGAACCUCACUGAAUCCCUUUCAUUUACUGGGAAAGCAAAGAGAACCACUAAAGGCCUAGAUAUUCCAGUGAGACCCCUGUUCCAGCAGGUUUUGUCGCUGUCUGGGUUUUGAGAGCCUCGACGCCACACCAGAGAGUCGUGGCCCUACUUCUGCAUGGAAGAGGAUAUUGCAUGGGAUUCUGCAACGAUGUUCUGAAGAGGACUGUCUGACUGUUCAUGAAUUCGUCACUCGGAUUGCCGCAAAGCCAGCCCAUACUUCUGUGCAUAUUUCUACACAUCAUCUGGCCUUGCACCCCCCCCCCCCCCCCACACACAUCAGCCUCACUUCUGAUCAUGUAAGGGUUUAGCAGACCCCGAACGGACAGGAUCUGGUAUCAUUUUGGUACAGCUGCUGACGCAGCAGAUCGGUGUGAGUCGGCGUUUACCCCAGAGUACGUGAGGGAUCCUAGCUCCCUGUGAGUGCCGCCCUCAGGCCCUCUAAGUGGAUUAACCAUGAUGUUCCGAGACCAGGUGGGAGUACUAACUGACUGGUUCAAAAGCUGGAAUGAGUGUGAGCAGACCGUGGCACUCCUUUCUCUCCUGAAGAGGGUGAGUCGCACCCAGGCUCGCUUCCUGCAGAUCUUCUUGGAGCACUUGCUGGCAGAUUGUACAGAGAUCCACAUUCUAGAGGCUGAGGCCAAUAAUGCAGCUAUUGUCAGCCAAUGGCAUCAUGAACCCACAGAGAAGGUGGUUUCCUUGUUACUAUCCCACCUACCCUUGCUGCAGCCAAGGAACAGUGAAGCCAAAUGUGAGUACAUGAAGCUUCUCCAAAAGGUGCUGAGUCACACCAUCGAGAGCAGUCUGUUUGUGGAGGAGAGCAGGCAGCUCCUUUCGUACGCCCUCAUCCACCCUGCCACCAGUCUUGAGGACCGCACUUCCUUGGCCAUGUGGUUGAACCAUCUGGAGGAGCAUCUGUCUACUGGCUACAUGCCCAUGCGGCCGCCCGUUGGUCCUUAUCACUCCCGCCAAGGCUCUGACGAGUGGGUCUGUUCGGAGGCCUCAGACCCUGGUCAUGCUUGGCAGGGCAAGCCCACCUCCAGCUCCUCCUCAGGAAGCCAGAAUGGACACCUGAGUUUUCAUGGGCCAAGUGGAGUGCCCUCUCCGAUCAACAGCGUCUGCACCGGCACCAACACAGUGUUGUCUAAGCAGAUCCACCCCAGCCCACUGAAGAGGUCCAUGUCCCUGGUGCCCUCCAGUCCACAAGCUUGUAGUACAGAAUGGCACGGCCAAGAAGAAGGCGGGGGACGGCCAGGCAUUGGGACCACGGACCACGCCCCCCUGUCCCCCCAGAGCAGUGUCGCGUCUUCUGGGAGUGAGCAAACUGAAGACCAGGUUGCCACUCGUAACACUUUCCAAGAGGAGGGUAGUGGAAUGAAAGAUGUGCCCGCUUGGCUGAAGAGUCUCCGUCUACACAAAUACGCCGCCCUUUUCUCCCAGAUGACCUAUGAAGAGAUGAUGAUCUUGACUGAGCAACAUCUGGAGUCACAGAAUGUCACAAAGGGGGCCCGCCAUAAAAUCGCCUUAAGCAUCCAGAAGCUGCGAGAGAGACAGUGUGUUCUUAAGUCCUUAGAGAAGGACAUCUUGGACGGAGGCAACCUUCGCAGUGCAUUGCAGGAGCUUCAGCAGAUCAUCAUCACGCCCAUCAAGGCCUACAGUCUACCUGUCACUGCCCAGAAGGAGGCCGACCCAAAAGCAACGUCGUCGGAGAAGGGUUCCAAGUCUUCUGAGGACAAGGACGCUGCUGCGGAAGGCUUUCAGUCUAACAAUCCUCCAGCCUGUGAUGGGGAGUCCACAGUCGCACCCAUUUCCGAUGGGGACAUUGCUGGCCAGUUCACUCGUGUAAUGGGAAAAGUGUGCACCCAGCUUCUAGUAUCAAGGCCUGAUGAAGAAAACAUCAGUUGCUACCUUCAGCUUAUUGAGAAGUGUCUGAUGCAUGAGGCCUUCACAGACACCCAGAAGAAGAGGCUGUCGUCAUGGAAGCAGCAGGUGUUGAAGCUCCUGCGUUUGUUCCCUAGAAAAUCAAUGCUGGACAUACCUGUGUACCGGCAAAAAGGCUGGGCAUAUGGGUCAAACUCGCUUCCCACAGCAGGCUCUGUGGGAGGAGGGCUGGGGCGUAGGGGUCAGAAGCAGUUUCCGAUGCCCCCCCGUGGCGUGACCCCCGGCAGGUUGGGGCUCUUAAACCCUGGCAGCAUCGGGACUGCAUCACCGCGUCACACUCUGACCAGCCCUGCGUUGGCUGGUCAAGGCCGGCAGAAUCUAUGGUUUUCCAACCCUAGUGGCAGCAACAGUAUGCCAAGUCAGAGUCGCAGUUCUGUGCAGAGGACCUACUCACUGCCUGUCCACACUUCACCACAGACCAUGCUCCUGUACCAACAGUCUGAAUGCCAAGUUGCAGGGACUGACCUAGAGAUCAACCCCACUUUGGAGUCCCUGUGCCUCAGUAUGACAGAGCAUGCCUUGGGGGAUGGCAUGGACCGAACAUCGACAAUAUGAAAAUAGAAAAUACACUUUAUAAUGAAGUCCUGGUUCUUUGAACCUAGGCUAAAAGUUGACGUUAAAAAAAAAAAAAAAAAAAAAUGAAACGAAAUGGUCACUACAAAAAGACACAAACUGUGUAUAUGUGCUAAUAUUUUUGUACUUUAAUAUACUUAACUGAGGUUUAUUACAAAUACAGAUUACUAUGUUAUUAAGCAGGAGAGAGAGAUGCAAGGUUUUUAAUGCUAAGAGGGCUAGUUUUCCAAACCGCUCAAAAAAAAAAAAAAAAACAGGGACAGAUGGCAGGUCUGUAGUGUGUGUGCUGUUAUUGUCCAGCUGCUGUAACCGGAACUAAGAGCUGACUGGGGGGGGGUCGGUGCUCUCCCAGCAGGCACUACCCUUUGCUUCUUCCCAGUUCAUCUCAGCUUCAGUCCAAACACAGGGCAAUUCAUUAGCCUUGCAAAAAGGCAGUUGUUAGACACACAGCCAUGGUGCAGUCUAGAAAUUUCCAGAUGGCAAGAUCUUCGCUGAUGCAGCCCCCUGUUAACUCGGUACCUGGCAGUUGACUAAAUUGUUAAUAAAAACUAAUAUGCAGACAAUUUGCUUUAAUUAACCUUUCGAUAAGAACUGUUAAAAUGUAGAAACACAGAGGAGAGGGAUUUGGAUGUUGGUAACCUUUGAAAUGCCAGGAUGGUGACAUGCACUUUUAUUUUAAAGAAGCUAAAUAAAUACUAAUGAUACUGUCUGACCCCA